CGGUCCAAUUCCAAAACUGGGAGCGUGCCUGUAAAAGGUUUAGCAGUUGAAGUAGGGUUUCAUUGAGAAGUCUAUCGAGCCUGCUCUGCUUCUGCUGCGGCGUGUUCGAUAAUCGGCAGCGAAAAUGCCUUCACACAAGACCUUCAGGAUCAAGAAGAAGCUCGCCAAGAAGAUGAGGCAGAACAGGCCCAUCCCUUACUGGAUAAGGAUGAGGACCGACAACACUAUCAGGUAUAAUGCUAAGCGUAGGCACUGGCGCCGUACCAAACUCGGAUUUUAAGGUGGAUGAACCUCUGACUCGAGAUUCUAAGCUGUUUUUGGUUUUGUUGAAUGUUACCAUAGAUAUGGAAAGGUUGUAGUUUUGAUCAUUUGUUUAUACAGAGGGAUCAAUGUAGAGCGUUUCCGUAAUUUUGUAAUUUUUGUUUUUGUUAUUCAUGUGAAACUAUGACAGUGGCUUUUAUUUAUUGCCUUUUUUCUCAGAUUUGAAAACCCAAUUCUAUGGAAAUUUUGAAUGGGGGUUGUUCUCGUGAGCUUAA